AUGAGCGUGGUCCUGUGUCCUGGAGGAUUCUACAUAUACAAACCAUCAAGUCAUCCGUACAGCAAUGCGGGUUAUGUUACCUAUCAUUAUCAGUGUAACCCUGAUUCCUGUGGACCACUUGCUAAGUGCUCAGGUGAUGGAGGCUGUAUUUGUGUUCCUGGGUAUGAAAUCCCCCCACAACAUCUACCUACUCCAGAUUCAUAUGGCUGUGUUGACAUAGAUGAGUGUCAGAAGACUGCAGGGAUCUGUGGUCCUUAUUCGACUUGUAAUAACACCAUUGGUAGCUAUUUUUGCACCUGCCUCGCUGGAUUCAGUGCAACAAAUCCAGCAGAAUCACCUGGACAGAACAACUAUUGCAAUGAUAUUAAUGAAUGUCUUGAAAAUGUCUGUGGUGAUGAUGGAACCUGCCACAACAACGCAGGAAGUUACAUGUGUGAAUGCCACCAAGGCUACCACCUGGUACCUGAUGCAACUCCCACUUGCCAAGAUAAGGACGAGUGUUUCAACUCAACCAUCUGUGGCCCUGACUCCAUUUGCGCCAACACACCUGGAGCUUAUACCUGUACAUGCAAAGUGGGGUACGCACCAACUGAACCAGACAAGGAACCCGGCGAGGCCAACAUCUGUAUUGAUGUUGAGGAGUGUGUCAAAGAUGCUACCAUCUGCGGUCCCCAUGCCAACUGCACAAAUUCGAUCGGUUCUUACAGCUGCACCUGCUUCUCCGGUUUUCGGCUGAACAACCUGGCGGUGAUAGCCAGCGCCACUAACCCAUGCACAGAUAUAGAUGAGUGCAUCGAAACACCUGGUGUAUGUGGUAGAGAAACUGUGUGCACUAAUGUACCAGGGACCUUCUAUUGUUCUUGUCCAGAUGGAUUCUUCCCUUCAACUGGAAUCCUGUGGAUUUUAGGGGUCUCAUUUUGUCAAAAUCUUCAGGACAUUUUAGAUGAGAUAAAACCCCCUGAGGGACAGACAAAAGAGAGAGCUUUUCUUGGCCACAUGGAGCAGCAAUUGAAAGACAACGCAGGCAUCAUCUUACCAGAACCGACUGUGGCAAACAGCUUCUCAGCAUCCAUGGAAGUGUCAGGUGUGGGACCACUUACCAGCUCGGUCAGGGUGAGUAGCGAAGGAGACGGGGAGACCGGCAGUGUGAUCCUGGGCCUCUCAGACCGUUUAGUGUCUGCAUUAGUGCAGCCAGGUCAGAACCAAACCAGGAGAACUGUGAAGAAUCCAACAGUGGAUUUAAGUCUCGAAACUGUUGGGCCUGGAAGCAGCCGUGCAGAAAGAUCUCUUCUCUCAGCCAAAGGAAACAUCAUGGAGAUCAACUUGGAAAGUCUGGCCAAAAACAACAAUGGUUCUGCAGCAGCAGCCUUCAUGACUCUAAAUGGGAUGGAGAGCCUUCUUAGUCAUCAAUACUUCAAAACAGAAAACAGGACAGAGAUGUACUCGGAUGUCAUCACUGCAAUCUUACCCUUGGUUAAGAACACCAGCCUCACAGAGCCUGUCAACUUCACCCUCCGUCACAAGGAGACAACACCUGAAUCUGGUUUGAUGACCUGCGUGUAUUGGGAGGGCAAAACAGAGGGAAUGACCAAGACCAUGCGUUGGUCAGUGGAGGGCUGUUGGGUUGCAUACACCAAUGAAAACUACACAGUGUGCAGCUGCUCUCACCUCUCCACAUUUGCUCUCAUCAUGCAGAUCGGGGAGCCUCCACCAGAUGAUGCGUUUUUAGAGUGGCUAAACCGAAUGUGUGUGAUUGUUGGACUGUUCUUCUUGGCUCUGGCCAUCUUCACCUUCCUCCUGUGUAGCUGGAACCCCAAGAUCAACAACACAGCCCGUCUCCACCUGUGCCUCAGUCUUUUCUUUUCUCAUCUGCUGCUGCUGUGGAAUGACAAAUACGUAAAACACGAGCUGGCCUGCACUGUCAUGGCAGGUCUUCUACACUUCUUAGUCAUUGCAAGUUUUGUGUGGAUGCUCCUGGAGGCACUACAGCUCCACCUGUUGGUCCGAAGGCUCUCCAAGGUGCAGGUCAUCCAGAGAGAUGGCCUCCCCAGGCCAUUGCUCUAUUUAAUUGGUUAUGGUGUUCCAUUUGUGAUUGUGGGUAUUUCUGCACUGGUAUAUUCUGAUGGAUACGGUGCUACUGAGGCAGAUGUGUGCUGGCUCUCACAACAGCGCAGUUUCAAUUGGGCUUUAACAGGCCCUGUGAUUGUUAUCCUUGGACUUAAUUGGAUUUUGUUCUGUGCGACUCUGUGGAGUCUGAGACCCACAUUGGCCAACAUGAAAAGUGAUAUUUCUCAGUCCAAAGACACCAGGCUGAUUUUGUUCAAGAUUGUGGCGCAGUUUGUCAUACUGGGCUGUACUUGGAUUCUGGGCCUGUACCAGACAAAUCUGUUCUUUCGGGUCCUGUUUAUAAUUCUUAACUCCCAGCAGGGAACCUUCCUCUUCAUUGUCCACUGUCUGCUCAACAAGGAGGUGAGAGAGGAGUAUAUUAGAUGGCUGACAUGCUCUUGUGGAAAUGACAGAUUUGUGAAAGAUGCACCUUCAGUGUCUGAGGAUUUGGACAAGACCGAGAAAAAGACAGAUGAGGGAAAAAAUGAUGACUGCUAAUGCUGAUGAAGAGAACAGAAAGAAAGUGAACAGAGAGACAGAGCAGACACAAAAUAAUCAGUUAUUUUUGUUGUUGUUGUUAUCAUGUUUUUAUAAAUUCUAGUUUAGGGAAUAAAAAAUAUCACAUCUAUUUUAGCAUGAAUCUUGAAUGCAUUAUUGUCCACUUCUUGUGGUUGUAGCUGGAUAUUUUCAUGGUUUGAGGGUUUAAAGUGAAAUGUUUUAAGUUAUGUCUUAAAUGCUACUCUUUCUCCAAUUACUAUUGCCAGGUUCAAGAGUGAACAAUGGCAACACCAUAAUAUUGUAAUGCUGAAUACUUUUUAGACGUAGAUCACUGUAUGUGAAAAGUUCAUGCAUUAAAUACUUGAA